UGUUUAUGAUGGCCACCUUGUCUAAGAUUAUAUGGAAUUUGAACAUAUGAACAUGAGCUAUAUGUCCCUCCAACUUUUACGGCAUUGAAAAUCCAAUGCAUCCAUGUUACUCUCUCUCUCUCUCAAUAUAUAUACAUACACACACACAUCACCAUUGUUUAUUUUUGUUUCACGUUCAUUCAAACUCCAAAGACUACACAAAGCAACACCAUAAUGAAAUUAAGUUAGCAAGUAGCCAGUGAUUUUUUUAAUAUCCUUUUCUCCAAAUUUGUUGUUAGUAACUCGGACUAAUUGUAUUUGUUGAGGUGGGAUGGAGGGUGGAGGUAGUUUCAGGAUUGGCAAUUCAUCAAUUUGGAGGAACAGUGAUGCUGCUGAGAUCUUUUCAAAUUCUUUUCACCAAGAAGAUGAUGAAGAAUCUCUUAAAUGGGCUGCAAUUCAGAAGCUUCCUACUUUUGAACGUUUGAGGAAAGGUUUGCUUACUUCACUUCAAGGGGAAGCCACCGAGGUUGAUGUUGAGAAGCUUGGGUUGCAAGAAAGAAAAGAUUUACUUGAAAGACUUGUUAGACUUGCUGAAGAGGACAAUGAGAAGUUUCUGCUCAAACUUAAGGAUCGAAUGGAUAGAGUUGGAAUUGAUCUUCCUACGAUAGAGGUUCGAUUUGAGCGUUUGAAUAUCAAUGCAGAAGCUCGUGUAGGAAGCAGAUCUUUGCCUACCUUCACUAACUUCAUGGUUAAUAUAGUAGAGGGCAUGUUGAACUCUCUUCAUGUACUUCCAAGUAGAAAACAACAUCUAAAUAUUCUCAAGGAUGUUAGUGGAAUAAUAAAGCCAUCAAGAAUGACAUUGCUUUUGGGCCCUCCAAGUUCUGGAAAAACGACGCUCCUGUUGGCUUUAGCUGGAAAACUUGAUCAGAAAUUGAAGGUUUCAGGAAAGGUGACUUAUAAUGGUCAUGAGAUGAGUGAGUUUGUACCCCAAAGAACUGCUGCUUAUGUGGAUCAAAAUGAUCUUCACAUUGGAGAAAUGACUGUUAGAGAAACCUUGGCCUUCUCAGCUAGAGUCCAAGGAGUUGGACCUCGUUAUGACUUGCUAGCAGAAUUGUCCAGAAGAGAAAAAGAUGCAAAUAUCAAGCCUGAUCCAGAUAUUGAUGUGUACAUGAAAGCUGUAGCAACUGAAGGCCAGAAGGAAAAUUUGAUAACAGAUUAUGUCCUAAGGGUUUUGGGACUAGAGAUAUGUGCUGAUACUGUUGUGGGAAAUGCAAUGAUAAGAGCUAUCUCUGGCGGACAAAAGAAACGCCUUACAACAGGAGAGAUGUUGGUUGGACCGACUAAAGCUUUAUUCAUGGAUGAAAUAUCUACUGGUUUGGAUAGCUCAACAACUUUUCAAAUUGUGAAUUCAAUGAGGCAAUAUGUUCACAUUCUCAAAGGAACCGUGGUGAUCUCACUCCUGCAGCCUCCACCAGAGACUUACAAUCUUUUUGACGACAUUAUACUACUCUCUGAUAGUCACAUUAUUUACCAAGGUCCCCGGGAACACGUGCUUGAAUUUUUCGAAUCAAUUGGUUUUAAAUGUCCAAAUAGGAAAGGAGUGGCAGAUUUUUUGCAAGAAGUGACAUCAAGGAAAGAUCAAGAGCAGUACUGGGAACACAAAGAUCGACCAUAUAGAUUUAUCACGGCUGAAGAGUUUUCUGAGGCAUUUCAAACAUUUCAUGUCGGCAGAAGACUUGGUGAUGAACUUGGUACUGAAUUUGACAAGUCUAAGAGCCACCCAGCUGCUUUGACAACAAAGAAAUAUGGAGUUGGAAAAAUUGAACUGUUAAAAGCUUGCUCAUCAAGAGAAUAUUUACUUAUGAAGCGUAAUUCAUUUGUCUACAUCUUCAAGCUUUGCCAACUUGCUAUAAUGGCAAUGAUUGCCAUGACCAUCUUCCUCCGGACUGAGAUGCACAGAGAUUCAGUGGCUCAUGGAGAUAUAUAUGUAGGUGCAUUGUUCUAUGGCUGUAUUGUAAUCCUGUUUAUUGGAGUGGCUGAACUUUCCAUGGUAGUUUCAAGGCUUCCUGUUUUCUACAAGCAAAGGGGAUACCUCUUUUUCCCUCCAUGGGCAUAUGCUCUUCCUGCUUGGAUCCUUAAAAUUCCCUUGACUUUUGUUGAAGUGGCUGUUUGGGUAAUCCUCACCUAUUACGUCAUUGGUUUUGAUCCAUAUAUUGGAAGAUUUUUCAGACAAUACCUUAUCCUUGUACUAGUACACCAGAUGGCUACUGCAUUGUUCAGAUUCAUUGCAGCAGUUGGGAGGGACAUGACAGUGACUCUAACACUUGGAUCAUUUGCACUUGCCAUCCUUUUUUCUAUGAGUGGUUUUGUCCUAACAAAAGGUAGUACAAAAAAAUGGUGGAUAUGGGGAUUUUGGAUAUCACCUUUGAUGUAUGGACAAAAUGCCGUGGUAAUUAAUGAGUUCCUUGGAAAUAAAUGGAAACAUGUUCUUCCUAACUCAACCGGAUCACUAGGAGUUGAAGUUUUGAAAUCUCGCAGUUUCUUUACUGAGACAUAUUGGUAUUGGAUAUGUGUUGGUGCUUUGAUUGGAUAUACAUUACUUUUCAACUUUGGAUAUAUCCUUGCUCUCACUUUCUUGAAUCCACUUGGGAAGCAUAAAACUGUUAUACGAGAAGAUAGCUUUUCACAACACUCAAAUAGAUUGCGAAACGGCGAAAGUAGAAGUGGAAGCAUCUCUCCAAGUACUUUAUCCGAUAGGCAAGAAACAGUUGGUGUAGAGACAAACCAUAGAAGGAAAAGAGGAAUGGUUCUUCCAUUUGAACCACAUUCAAUCACCUUUGAUGAAGUUUCAUAUUCUGUAGACAUGCCACAGGAAAUGAGAAACCGAGGUGUUAUUGAGGAUAAGUUAGUUCUUCUGAAGGGUCUUAGUGGAGCUUUCAGACCAGGUGUUCUCACGGCUCUGAUGGGUGUGACCGGUGCUGGCAAAACAACUCUGAUGGAUGUGCUUUCUGGUAGAAAAACUGGUGGAUAUAUUGGUGGGAACAUCACAAUAUCUGGCUAUCCAAAGAAGCAAGAAACCUUUGCAAGAAUUUCUGGAUACUGCGAGCAAACUGAUAUCCAUUCUCCUCAUGUUACUGUCUAUGAAUCUUUACUCUAUUCAGCAUGGCUCCGAUUGUCCCCUGACAUCAAUGCUGAAACCAGAAAGAUGUUUAUUGAGGAAGUCAUGGAACUUGUGGAACUGAAACCGCUACGAUAUGCAUUAGUAGGACUGCCUGGUGUUAGUGGUCUCUCGACAGAGCAGCGCAAAAGGCUAACUGUUGCAGUUGAAUUGGUAGCUAAUCCUUCAAUAAUAUUCAUGGAUGAGCCAACUUCUGGGCUAGAUGCGAGGGCUGCAGCUAUAGUGAUGAGAGCAGUUAGGAACACAGUUGACACCGGAAGAACUGUUGUUUGUACCAUCCACCAGCCUAGCAUUGAUAUAUUUGAAUCUUUUGAUGAGCUUUUGCUACUUAAGCAAGGAGGUCAAGAGAUAUAUGUGGGGCCACUUGGACAUAAUUCUUCCAAUUUAAUCAAUUACUUUGAGGGAGUACAAGGUGUUAGCAAGAUUAAAGACGGUUAUAAUCCAGCAACAUGGAUGUUGGAAGUCACAACUUCAUCCAAAGAAGUGGAGUUACGGAUUGAUUAUGCAGAGGUGUACAAAAAUUCAGAGUUAUACAGGAGAAACAAAGCACUUAUCAAAGAACUGAGUGCUCCAGCACCUUGUUCAAAAGAUCUCUAUUUUCCUUCACGGUACUCGAGAUCCUUCUUUACACAAUGUAUAGCCUGCUUAUGGAAACAACAUUGGUCUUAUUGGCGCAAUCCUGAAUAUAAUGCCAUAAGAUUUCUGUAUUCAACUGCGGUGGCUGUUUUGCUUGGAAGCAUGUUUUGGAACCUUGGCUCCAAAAUUGAAAAAGACCAAGAUCUUUUUAAUGCCAUGGGAUCCAUGUAUGCUGCUGUUAUCCUAAUUGGCGCCAUGAAUAGUAAUUCAGUGCAGCCAGUGGUUGGUGUCGAAAGAACGGUCUUUUAUAGAGAAAGAGCAGCCCGAAUGUACUCAGCUUUUCCAUAUGCUUUAGCUCAGGUUGUAAUAGAGCUCCCAUAUGUUUUUGUGCAAGCUGUGGUCUAUGGCAUUGUAGUGUAUGUUAUGAUUGGUUUUGAGUGGACUUUGGUUAAAGUUGUGUGGUGCCUAUUCUUCAUGUAUUUCACCUUCCUCUACUUCACCUUCUAUGGUAUGAUGUCAGUGGCUAUGACCCCAAACAAUCACAUUUCCAUUAUUGUUUCAUCUGCAUUCUAUUCAGUAUGGAAUCUUUUCUCAGGAUUCGUAGUCCCAAGACCAAGUAUUCCAGUGUGGUGGAGGUGGUACAGUUGGGCAAAUCCAGUGGCAUGGAGUUUAUACGGAUUGGUGACUUCACAAUAUGGAGAUGUAAAACAAAACAUUGAAACCAGUGAUGGAAGACAAACAGUGGAAGAUUUUCUGAGAAAUUACUUUGGUUUCAAGCAUGAUUUUCUAGGAGUGGUUGCUCUUGUCAAUAUUGCAUUUCCAAUAGUUUUUGCUUUGGUCUUUGCCAUAGCAAUCAAGAUGUUUAAUUUCCAAAGGCGUUGAGAACAUUCAAUUUUUACAUUUUGUAUCCCACAACCAUUAUUGUAUUUUCUUUAUUUACCAAAUAAAU